GGCUGUCAGCUGGCCUCCGGGCAGCCCCGCCGGGAGAGCAACGACUGCGGCGGCAGUCGCCAGCCCGGAGCCGGAAGUGCCACGUGUCCCCAUUGCGCCUGCGCGGCCGGCGGCUGACACUUCCGGCAAGGGCCUCUCUUCUCUCCGGGCUUGGCUGCCUCCUUCCAGCACCGCGUUCCCGGCCCCACCGACGUGACUACCUACCCUCAGCUCCCAGGCCAAGUCGUGGCCGCCGGUGGGCUGGGGAGAAUGUGGCGCCGGGCCUAGGGCUUGAUGCGCCUCCCUCUCUCCCCGCCCUCUGUCCACAGUCGUUCUUUCCCUUCGCUUCCAGUAGUCGCCUUUCAUCUCUUCGCUCGGCGCUGUCGCUUAUCGCGACCAGCCCCUUCCAACCCGGAUAACCACCGUCGUCAUGUCCCAGCCGGGGAUACCGGCCUCCGGCGGCUCCCUAACCGGCCCCCAGGCCCAGAAUGGGGCCGCCUCGGCCUCGGGGUCUUCCUAUACCAACGGUCCUAUCCAAAAUGCACUGCUGUCUGCACAAGGAUAUAAUUCUCAGCUUCCAGGAUCCUACUCUCAUCUAUUACCAGCAAAGACUUUGAAUCCAGUCUCUGGACAGUCGAACUAUGGUGGUUCUCAGACUGUUACUCCAUUAAAUAAUUAUCAGGGACCUGGGCAGACUCUUCAUAGACCACCUGUGGCUUCUAAUGCAGUGACACCUUCACUCCAUAGUGGUCCUGUUCCCCGAAUGCCACAACAUGCUUCUCAGAACCCAGCUGCUACACCAAUGCCUUCUGGUAGCUUUCAUCCUGGAGCCAAUGUACCGCCACCUCUGAAUUGGCAGUAUAACUAUCCAUCCACAGGAUCACAGACAAACCAUUAUCCUCGUGUAUCAACUGGACCAACUAUGUCUGGGAAUACAAAUUUGACAAGUCAUCAGUAUGUUUCUUCUGGAGAUCCUUCACUUCAAAACAACUUCAUAAAAUCAGGUUCUGCACCCCCCUUAGUGAAUCCACCUCUGCCUACCACUUUCCAACCAGGAGUUCCUCUUGGGCCUCCUCCAACUGGAGGACCACCUCCAGUGAGGGCCCUAAGUCCUCAGAAAUCAUCACAUAGGGAUGUGCCUCAGCCCUCAUUUAAUUCACCUAUCAACCAAGAAGGUAUAACAUCAAGUACCAAUAAUGGAUCUAUGAUGGUUCACAAUCGUUAUGAUGAAAUUGAAGGCGGUGGCUUCUUGGCAACACCACAGCUUACUGAUAAGAAUCCUACAAUGAGCCGAAGUGUUGGAUAUUCAUAUCCCUCUUUACCACCUGGUUAUCAGAACACACAACCACCUAGUACAACCGGAAUGCCACCCUCUUCCUUGAGCUACCCAAGUGGGCCACAGGCCUUUACCCAGAAUUCCUUAGGUGCUAAUCAUUUAACUGCAAGCAUGAGUGGAUUGAGUCUACAUCCAGACGGGCUAAGAGUUAUUAACCUUCUUCAUGAGAGAAACAUGCUUCCGUCAACACCUUUGCAGCCUCCGGUUCCAAAUUUGCAUGAAGAUAUCCAGAGACUCAACUGUAACCCAGAGUUAUUUCGAUGUACAUUGACUAGCAUUCCUCAGACUCAGGCCUUACUGAAUAAAGCCAAACUUCCGUUAGGACUGCUGCUUCAUCCUUUCAAAGACCUAAUGCAAUUGCCUGUGGUUACCUCCAGUACGAUUGUGAGAUGCCGUUCAUGCAGGACAUACAUCAACCCUUUUGUCAGCUUUCUUGAUCAAAGGAGAUGGAAGUGUAACUUAUGUUACCAAGUCAAUGAUGUUCCUGAAGAAUUCAUGUACAACCCUUUGACCAGAGCCUAUGGAGAACCUCACAGAAGACCUGAAGUUCAAAAUGCUACAAUUGAGUUUAUGGCUCCUUCAGAAUACAUGUUACGACCACCUCAACCUCCAGUGUACCUCUUUGUGUUUGAUGUGUCUCACAAUGCAAUUGAAACUGGAUACUUGAAUUCAGUUUGCCAGAGUUUGUUAGACAAUCUGGAUUUGCUUCCUGGCAACACUAGGACAAAAAUUGGCUUCAUAACAUUUGAUAGUACAAUCCACUUCUACAGUCUUCAAGAAGGUCUCUCUCAACCUCAGAUGCUAAUAGUUUCAGAUAUUGAAGAUAUUUUUAUACCUAUGCCGGAGAACUUAUUAGUAAAUUUAAAUGAAAGUAAAGAGCUUGUCCAAGAUUUACUGAAAACUUUGCCACAAAUGUUCGCCAAGACCCUGGAGACCCAGAGUGCCUUGGGUCCUGCACUUCAGGCUGCCUUUAAGCUGAUGUCCCCAACUGGUGGUCGAAUGUCUGUCUUUCAAACACAACUCCCAAAUCUUGGAGUAGGAGCCCUGAAACCACGAGAGGAACCCAACCAAAGGUCAUCUGCUAAGGAAAUUCACUUGACACCAUCCACUGACUUCUAUAAGAAAUUAGCUUUGGAUUGUUCUGGUCAGCAGGUAGCUGUUGACUUAUUCCUUCUCAGUGGACAGUAUUCUGAUUUGGCUUCUUUGGGAGAUAAAGUGAAAGGAAUUUAA